AUGGCCUCUGUACCCAGGGCCUGGCUAUUUUUGGCCAUCGCCAUCUGCUGCCUGCUGCCCAGCGUCCUCGGUGACCUGGUGCACUACGAAGAACGCCAACCCACCAUCACCGACGAGGAGCUCACCGAGUACGCCCGGGAUGUCCUCGACUCCCGCAGCCCCAAUCUUGAGUUUGUUGUAGCCGAGCUGGACUCGCCGAGCAAGCGGGGGCUCUUGAGCAAGGCCGUCGGUGCCGUCAAGAAGGCUGCUCCCGCUCUCAAGAAGGCCGGGGGCGCCGCGAAGAAAGUAGCCGCCACCGCUAAGAAGGCAUCUGCUCCUGCCAAGAAGGUGUCUACCGCUGCGAAGAAAGCUUCCCCAAAGCUCAAGAAAGCGGCUUCUGCUGCCAAGAAGGCUGCUGCUCCCAAGAAGGCUGCCGCUUCUAAGAAAGCCGGUGCCAAAAAAGCACCAAGCAAAGGCGUGAAGAAGGCAUCUGGGAAAAAGGCCUCUGGCAAGGCUCCAGCCAAGAAAGCCAGUGCCAAGAAGUCCCCUGGCAAGAAAGCUCCAGGUAAAGCUCCAGCUAAGAAGGCUCCUGCCAAGAAGGCCGGAGCCAAGAAGCCUGCUGCUAAGAAGACCGGCUCAAAGAAGUCACCUGCCUCAAAGGCCGGUGCUAAGAAAGCUCCUGGCAAGAAGGCUGGAAAGAAAAGUCCUUCUAGCAAACCCGGAUCUAAAAAGGCUGGCGCUAAGAAGACAGCUGGAAAGAAAGCUCCAAGUAAGGCUGGUGCCAAGAAGACCCCCGGCAAGAAGAGUUCCGGAAAGGCGCCUGCUAAGAAGAGUGGUACUAAGAAAGCUGGAGCCAAGAAGACUCCAGGAAAGAAGACUGCUGGAAAGAAGACCCCUACCAAGAAGACCGGUGCUAAGAAAGCCCCGGGAAAGAAGGGUGCUGCCAAGAAAGCUGGAACGAAGAAGACCCCAGGGAAGAAGAUUAGUGCUAAGAAAGCUCCAGGCAAGAAGAAUCCCAUCAAGAAGGCUGGAGCCAAGAAGAAUUCGCCCAAGAAAACUGCGACAAAGAAAGCUCCAAGCAAGAAGUCUCCUGCCAAGAAGACUCCAGGAAAGAAGACUGCUGGAAAGAAGACCCCUACCAAGAAGGCCGGUACCAAGAAAUCCCCGGGGAAGAAGGGCCCUGCUAAGAAAGCUGGAUCUAAGAAGACCCCAGGGAAGAAGACUGCGGCUAAGAAAGCUUCAGGCAAGAAGAAUCCUACUAAGAACACUGGAGCCAAGAAGAGUUCUCCCAAAAAGACUGCGACAAAGAAGGCUCCAGGCAAAAAGGCUCCUGCUAAGAAGACCCCUGGAAAGAAGGACCCUGCCAAGAAGGCUGGGGCCAAUAAGGCUGGAGCCAAGAAGACUGCCGGAAAGAAGACUGCCGGAAAGAAGGCACCAGGUAAGGCUAAGUCGUCGCCACCAAAGAGCUGCCCCCUUGGCAAGCGCUCAGGGGACGGCUCAUGUGUCUUCCGAGGCGACAAUCGGGGUCCCACCAAAAUCAAAGAAGCCGGGGGCUUCAAGAGCAAAGGCUCUACGCACCCGCAGGGUCCCUACAAUAAGCCCGACGCCUUACACAGGCACGUCACGGAGAACUGGAAGGGCGAGAGACCGUACAGGGAUCCUUACAUCUCCACAGCCGCCGAUGUCAAAGUCGCUGAGAAGCAUUACCCCAAUGGGCACAUCUACAAGAUCGCCAAGAACCAGGCUGGCAGGCUCGUUGAUGCAAAUGCGAAGCUUGCAGAGGGUGGCAAGCAAAACCCUCACAAGAAGGAAGGGGAACUAUCUACUAAGGGACCCAUCCGCUGGGACGGCAUCAAGGGGUGGCACAAAAUGAAGAACGGCCAGGCGGGUCCUUACAAGGAGAACUCAGACUACAGGCCAAGUAAAAUACCUAUUCCUAAGCAAUCGAACAACGCGGGAGGUUCGACAUCAAAGCAAGGACAGCCCCAAAGGCAACGGCCAACGUCAGACAAGCCGAGCAAAAUUCCUAUCUUGAAGAACCCCCCUUCAGCGGCAUGGAAGCCGCCCCUUGGAUCCGCUAAAAGAUUCUAA